GCGGACUGAGCUCGAAGUGGAGACCACGAAAGCAACACCACUGGCUGUCCCCCUUUUCCACACUGCCUCUCCUCCGCAUCAUCAUCCAUUCGCCUCAGUGAGGCCGUCCUCUGCCUGUCUGCCUUUCUGGCUACUCGCUACCUCUUCCCAUCCCUCCAUUUGCACUUCAGCAUGGCGUCUUCUUCUUCAACGCCGCUCCAAUCAAUCUCAAUUCCCCGCUCAGAGCGCCGUACUCUCCCCUCACCUCACGUCGUCUAUGCAAUCGUGGUUCGCCUGCCCGUGAGGACGUGGACAGUAUAUCGUCGCUAUUCUGAAUUUGUGGAGCUACACAGGGCCCUGUCAACCGGCCAGAUCCCGCCGGCGCCACUACCGCCGAAGGAGAGCGUCAGACGGACGUGGAGGGGAAUGGCAUCAACGCUUGGCCUGGGAGGGACCUCAUCAGGAGCGUCAACAUCAGCUUCGGCGUCAACUUCGGAUGACCCACUUCUCGAGGAAAGGCGACAAGGCCUCGAGCAAUACCUACGAGCCAUCGUCGCCAGCCCGCAGGAUCGAUGGAGAGAGGCGGAGGCUUUUCGUGACUUUGUUGAGCUGCCGAGGAGGGAGAGUGCGAAGAGUCUGAUGCCGGUCGGGGAUGGCUCAGUACACGAUGGAGGGUCUGACGCUGGGCUGAGCAGCAAGGGUGGGGCAGGACAUCGCUAUGUGCCUGGCUCGUACUCUGCUCCCACUGCUCAGAAUACCACCCGCACCCUUGGCUCUCCACCCGCACACCAGCCCGCCGUCGAAACCCCUCAAACUCUUCAGCAAUCCUCCUCUCAGCUCUAUGCAUCUCAGCAAGCUCAAUUUGAUCGGCAGGACGCAGCGCUCGAUGAUCUGACCGCCGUGUUACGCAGGCAGAGACAGAUGGGCAUGGCGAUCAAUCAGGAGUUGACGGAGCAGACUGAGCUUUUGGAUGGGCUGGAUGAGGAGGUCAGGGCAACUCAGGGGCGCUUGACUAAGAACGAGAGGGACAUUAAGAGGCUUGGAUGAAGUAAACUUCUGUUCGCUAGCAAGGGCAGGAAUCGUCUUGAUUGGCUCCAUUCCCUUUGUCGUCUCGAUGACGUUCUUCUUGUAGUUCCUCGACUCGGA